CUUCUUGACCUUUGAGAUAUUAAAAUUACCAUUUUGCAUCUCAUUGUGUUAUUGUUUCUCAAAUAAGUUAAUAUUACUUCUUUAAACGCACGUGAUAUCAAAUUAUUGGAUAACAGAAAAAUGCCAAAGUCCGACAUAAUUAACGCGCAAUUGCACGAAACGCUUGCCCUCAGACUCUAUGAAUACCUCCUCUAUUAAGUAAAACCGGGGAAUUUGAAUAAAAUCGAUGCUAUCCGCUUGACCCCCUUUUUACAUGAAACGAACGAGCGUGCUUGUAUUGUCGGUUACUUGCAUUUAUUACGUGCCUUUGCCAUGAGCAAUCUUCCGUCUACAUCAAUUUGUUUUUCAAUUUUUUCAUUUUGGUAAUAUUGGCUUGCUGACACACCAAAUUAAUUGAUUUUUUAUAUUUAUGAAAUCUAUCCUUAUAAAAGAAUGUCGGGACUAGCAUCUAUUUUGGUAUUCUUUAUGUUAUAAAAUCUUUCAGUCGAUCUAAUCAAUAACCAAAUCCUCAUAAAGUAAUAAAUCGAAUUUUUGAGGAUUUACAGAGCUCCAGAUCCUUGCAUCCUAAAAGUCCUUGGAUUCCGAGUUUCCUGGAUUAGAUCCCAGAAGUUUUGGAUCUGCAGAGUGAGUUUGUUCGAGUUGCGUCUUAAAAAUGAGAUGGGGAGAGAGAUGUGGCGGUGCAGACUAGUGGACGCUGAGACGUUUAACUGUCGAUGCUAUGGAAAAAAGGCUGUUCGCUUUGCUCAAAGAUGUAAUUUUGUUUGCAUCAAGCUGCAUUUGAGAUACGGGUUGUACAUCCUCCUAGUCUCUUUCUUCUUUUCUGGCACAUGCACCGACACGCGUGCGACGAGAGUGAGGAAGGUGGAAUCACGUCGACGAAUCCACCGCCAACGACGAAUGCGCAGUGAAACAAACUGGGCAAACUGCGACGGGGUUGCUGCGCCCCUCAAGCAGUCCUUGGGGGAGGGUGGCUAGCAACAUACUGGUCUGACAUCGCUCUCACCACCGACGUCGCGUCGUGACACCGACAUCCAUUUUUCGUCGCAGUAUCGACUCGCGUAAGAUAUAAAACGCACGCUAUCACAGUUAUCAAUUGUGAUACGAAACACCUUGCGAGCGCUGGCGUGCGUCUAAAGUGGAAUCGAUGUUUGACGACGACGAGCUCGCGGAGGGUGUGCGCGAAGCAGAAAUGGGUUAGUGCGUGUUCUUCGAGCCAAGAAUAUUGUCCCGGAGAAGAAAAAUUUUUAAAAAGAAGGAGGAGAACAAAGGGUACAAGGCUCGUAAUAUAAAAUGUGAAAUCGAUACUCGACGAGCGUAAAUCGCGACGAAAGGUUUUUUGAGACGAAAAUACAGUGGAACAAUGUGUUUUUCGAUCUAAGGAUAAUUAUAAAGGAAAGAAGAAUUUCAAGAAGAAAAGGGAAGAGAAGCUCAGAAGUGGACAGUUCGCGAAUGUGCCGUUAAAUUCAUCACGGUAAGUGCAACUUGGAUGUGACGCUAAAAGUGCAUCUAGGUCAUCGAGUGAAUCUUUUGUUGGCGAGCAGGAUAAGAUAAAAUUUCAUCAUAUUCUACAAACAAAGAAGAAGAGAAAGAAGCCUGAACAAGAAGAGAGACAUAGGACAAAAAUAAUUUGCAACAUUUAUGAGAACCUAUUAUACACCAGGACUAAAUGAUUUUCCUGGAUGAUGAUACAGAUACACAUAAAGAACCAUGGUGAUACAAUGAGUGUGAAAAAACUCAUAAUUAACAAGGUUUGUUAUUGUUAAUUAAAUUAUAUUUACGCACGUGCGCGUGCUCGUUCAACAAUAUAUAUAAUAAUUAACAUAUCACAAUAUAUAUGCGUCGAUGUGUUCGAUGGUACACAAAUUGCUGUAACAUCAAUAAUCGCGUAGGUUGCCAAGUCCCACGAGAGCGUCAAGAAUAUACCGAGGAGUGCGCUACGAGAUGCAACGUAGAAUUGUCUGAUAAAUAGAGCGGGAUAGUUAAUUAAAUUAACUCGUUGAAAGCGACACGAUAAGAGUCAGGUGCGAUAACAUCGCAAUCGAUCACAGUCAGUAUCGCAAUGACGUUUCCUACGUCGAGAAAGCAACUUCUCGGAAUCAUCUUCCGGGUGCGUCCUAGGACGCGCCGGUGAACGUUCAGCGUAUCGAUGGUAAAUAACAUGGCGUGUGUUAGCCCGCAGUCGAUGACGUCAAGGACCGAGGGAUAUGUCGAUGGUUCGAUGUAAAGAGGGCGGGUAACAAAAGCGAGUACAACGAAAUUUCCCAAAGGACGAAGAACAAGGUUUCCCGACAAGCAAAGAGAGAUCGUCGGUCCGGCAUGGAAAUUGGAAGUGUGAAAAACAUUUUCCAGACAGUCGAGAGUUAUCGCGAAGCUAUCUUGUUAAUUGCAAAGUGACUGCGUUUAUUUUGAACAUUUAAGAAAAGAAAGAUAAAAAAGUGAACGACCAACUUGAAGGAGAAUAUAAAGCCAAAAUAUUAGUUAAUAAAUCAGCAAAUCUUUUUUCUCGAUUAUUAAUAUGUAAAAAACUUGAAGAUCCUGAAGAUAUGUGAGAGACUUGAACUUGAACUCUUCAUUGAAGUGUGAAGGAAUUGAGACAAUCUCAACAUAUUUUUCUUUCCUGGAUUUUAAAAUUUCUUGACGAUUUCUCUCACGCUCUCUGAUAAAUGUGAAAAGAUCCUGUUCAUAAAAUAGGAAAGGAUCUUUCAAUCGUUUCAUCGUGCAUUUUUCAUUUGAAGAUCUUUUCAACAAAUAGGGUGUUAGAUACAUGAGAUCACGUAUCAUACCGGAGAAAUAAAUCUUAAAGAGUGAUAUAGCGUUUGGAGGGAUUGUACGAACUAUCUGCUGCGGGGUUGGCGAGAAAGACAGGAAAGCCUCUCGGUGAGGUCGCGACGAGUAUCGUACCCGAUUGAGAAAUAGAGAUAUCGCCGGAACCGAAGAGCAGCAGGUUGAUACACAAAGUGGGGACAUUGUAGAAAUGGGUCAAGAGUGUCUUGGCGAUGGCAGCGUAGCAGCCUCCACUUGACGCGCUCCGCGUCGAAUAGAUCGCGAGGAAUCGACGCGAGUGCUAUAUCGAGUGCCAUCGCGCGAAUUAAACUCGAGCAAAGGGAGUCCGCUCUUGCAAUCUACGAAUCGCGGACGAAUCGUUCGUACGUAAUACACGGCGUAAUCAACCGCGAUCCGCUGGAAGAACAACGAGAUUGUCAACGAAGUUAAGGCACCCGAUAGUCGAUGCGCCCGAUGUGCUCCACGAUAUGUCACGAGGAAGAUGCUUCAUUCACUACGACAUAUCGUCGAUCUGUAUGCUGAAGCCCGAGCUUCGAUGUGAUCGCGUCACUGUUCCUCUCGAGGAGACAUAAUCUCUUCUUUCACAAGGGAUCCUCAGAAGGAUCCGACAAGCUCUCAAUUAUUUUCAUGGUUUACGGAUCACGUAGAGUUACGGAGUCAGUUACCACGGGGAUCGCUUGGCUUCACAAUAUCACCAAUCAAGUAAUAUCUUUAAUCAGAGUGCUGUCGCUCGUAGAGAUUAGACGAUUAUUGUUAAACUUCUUUACACGCGAGCGCGAUUGAUCGACUGGCCAAUGCCUGCCCUACUCUCGCUGGCAAUGAUGUAAUAUAUUACGACGCUUCAGAAAAUGUCACUUUCACCAUGUGUCCAUCAUUCGACCAGGACAAAAACUAUGAAAUUCGGUCUAUUAGCAUAAGAGAGAGCCCACACGUGACAGCGUUACCACUUGAGUUUACAUAAGACUUAUCGUUAUUCAUAGAUCUUAUACUAAGCAGCAAGUAAUUCGAAUUUUAUUUUUUCCGAUAUAAGUAUAAAAAAAUAAUACGGUAGCGGAUUCAUGAAAAUGUUUAAUUCAUAUCUAAAGAUGAUUCACAAAACUAUAUAUUGUCACUUGUUAUGAUAAUUAAUGAUUUGUAUAAAUUAACGAACAUUUUUCCAUUACUUUCAUCUAAUUUGUAGAAUAAAGAGCAUCGAGAGUUGUAUUAAGAACGUGUUGACAAGCUCUACUUUCAUCAGUUUGGAUUUCUUGUUCAAUUAAUAAUCUGUGAAUAAUUGAGGAUACAAAGCUGUCUCUGCAAAUUAAAUUUCAGUGACAAGAAUUAAUUAAGAAGUUAAUUAAAAAGUAUAUAUGUGAAAGGCGAGAUGAGUAGCAGCGGUGGGUUUGGUGUCGGCGUUGGCGUCGCUGGUGGACCGACCCUCGCAGCCGCCCAACAAGGCCAAGGAGUGGCUGCCCUCCUGGUGAUGCUCGCCGUCCUCUGCUUCAUUUUCGCUUACUGUUGCUGGGGCGCGCCGUUCUGCCGCUCGUUAUGCAGACGGCAUUGCUGUUGUCGUUUGGAAGACCCCGAACCGGACCCACGAUUCGGCGGUAGCGAUCAAGCCAUGGUAGCGACGCCAACCAUCAUCCUUCUGCCGCACGGCAGGAUGUUAGUCGUCGACGGCACGAUUUUCACGCAGUUCCAAACCGACCCCACGGGUUUGGACUUGGUAGAACUGGGUGACAGUGUGCUACGCGCACAGAGAAAUCCACGAAGUGUGAAUCGUCAUCAGCUGCAAAGUAGCCAGGGUAGCAUUGAAAUGGAUGCCGAGACACCUAGUAAAGAUAGCUUAGGAUCUAUCGGAUGCUUCCCACCGCCUACUUAUGAAAGCAUUUACGGCAAGGAAGAGACGGAUAUGCCUCCCUCUUACUCUGACAUUCUCUUGCACCGAUUUGCGAAUUUACCGCAUGAGAUCGACAUGCGCGACUAUUGCCGUGAUGGCAAAGAAGAAAUCGAGAUGCAAAGUCUGGAGAGCUGUCCACACAUCGUCGGCAAUCCGUUAAACUCGAUGCCGUAUCAUCCUUACGCCACAGUGACAAGCUUGUCCAGCUUGCAAAGUUACCCUCGGCGGAACGUCUCGCGCAAUCCGUCCAUUAUCAGCAAUCCCUUGGACAACUACUAUGUGGACAACGAGCUGGGUGUUUAUCGACUCAGCCGGGAGAUGAUACCGCGAGUGUCGAGCAAUGCAAAUCUUGAAUCUUUCCAUACAUCUCACGAUGAGAUGUCAUUCCGCGUUCCUGUUGACGAGAACGAAAAUCUGCGACACACUAGUCGAAAUAACGAGAGGCGACAACCAACCGUAGAGCACCAAGCCGUCAGGAACGCCGGCAACGAAGUAAUGAACACAAGAAAUCGCGCUCGGAGCAUCUCCAGACUGAGUCAGGACAGCCGCAGGAGUUCGUUAAACCGCGAAAUGGAUCAACAUCAGACCGCCGCCGCUUUCGUCAGGUUACCCGAUCCCGAGGAUGUUGAGGCUUCGCGAGACAGACGCGUUGACGAGGACCAACGACCACGAUUGUAUCGUGAGGAUCAAAACGCUAGAAAUCCGCGCUUGGAUCACGUUCAGGUCCAAGAUGAAGUGAACCGCAACGUCGUCGACGGUGAUCCUAGGUAUUUCGCUAGAAACAGACGACUGGAGAAUGAGGACAGGAAUCAAGGUGAGGUCGAGGGAGCUCAGUAUCUUGACGAGGAAGCUGGUAAUUUCGGUGCGCUCGCUGAUAUCCGCGAGAGUAGAGUGUAAUAUGGACUUAAGAUUGACGCAAUAUUUCAUUGCUUAGUAAGAAGGGCUCAGGAUGAAUUUUGUCGAAUCUGAAGGCACACAGAACUUUUUCUAAUUCUCACGAGUAAUAUUCAAAUCGAACACAAAGAGAAUCUGCCAAAAUCAUUUUCAUUUUCUUCAUUAAAUAUUUCUGAAAGAAAAAGUAUUAUAAUAUCCUCAUUUGUGUGAGAAAUGGUGAGAUUUUCUUUGUGUCUUAUAAGAAGAGCCCUUUAUAUUAAUACAUUAUACAUGUCUCGCACGACACAUAAGACUUGCACGAAAGUCAGAUGACAAGCGGAAAUUGUCUUGCGACAAAUUUCCACGAGAAAUUGUUAAUUCCAAACAGUUUAGGAGCAAACUGAAAUUCCAGGUUAACAAUUAGAGGCGAAGUCGAACUAAAUAUCGUACUAUACAAAAGGCAUUACGACGAUAUUUUUAACUGUAUAUGUGACAAUAUAAUAAUUGUACGCGCGUGACAACUUAGUAAGUCUUCACACACGAUACAUACACACAUAGUAUAUUUCUGACAAACAAUCAUCCCCUUAUGAAACAACGAUUUUUUUUACAGGACCUUGAAAGAAAAUUUUACGUAUGGCGAUCAAAGAAUGAGUCAAAGAAAACUCGAUGGAAAAAUACCGAAAAUAGUUGUUAUUCCUUUAAAAAUCAAUAUAGAUUGAGAAAACAUUGACGAAUAUCAUAUGAUAAAUUGUUACAUGAAGGAAGAAUAAUCCUGCGCGAAUAUCGGUUACUUUCCCGAUAAUAGAACGUCGACGCAAUCUAAAGAUGCUUUUGUAUGCGAAAAGUUGCGUUUAAACCUAGAAGCACAGCGAAGUUAGUUAAGUCCGUCCAGGCUUUAACGAGUGCACUUAAGUUUCACGAGCAUUGAUUUAAAAACACAUGUCUCGAACAGUGAUUUAAUCCUGAUUCAUAACUCCUUUCUCUUUAAUAUUUUAUACAUAAGUUAAGUACAGACUUGUCAACUGAUAUUAUGUUUGCUCUUACUAUUAUUUAUAGAAAGCACCAUUCUCACGAUUUGAAUAAGUGGUAUUAUCCACUGCGAAUGCAUCAAACGAUUUUAGUAUUCGCUAAAAGUGACACGAAGUUGGAAAUGACGUAAAAUUAUGUUUAAGGAAAAAGAAAUUGAUUAGAUUUUGUGUAAAAUGUUAAGAGAAAAAGUUAAAUAUAUAUAGAACGAGUGUGAAAGAAAAGGUAUCACAUGUUAAGAAAUUGUUUCAGGAAGCAAGUGUGAUGUGUGUUAAAGCUGGAUAAUCAGAUACAGCGAAGUAUCAAAACGUUAAAUCGAAUCACGUAUAUAUACCAAACAACAGAACGAAAUAACAGUUGGCUUUAGAUAUACUUCUUGUAUACACAUUAUAAGUGUAAGAUAAUUAUAAAGAGAACUAUAAGUUGUACACGUUAUCACUGUUAUCGUGUAUCGUAAGGAGGAAUUCAUCAACGAAAGAUUCCAAGAGAAUAAAAUUCUGCGUGAAGUAUAA